AUGGCUACAAUACUCAAGGCCAUGGGGCAACAUGAUCAACGAACCCUUCAUCCCUUCUUCAAGAAACAUGGCACCAAUUCUAUAGCAGAAUUCCCCCAACUCGCGAAUCCCCAGCUCAAGCAACUCAAUAACCAGCCGCCAUGCGAAACCGUUGACGCCGGUUCGGAUUUUGCUCCGGGUCACUACACAAAUCAGGAUGAAAACGAAGAGUUAAGCCGCAGAAAGCGCCGGAAAACGACACCUCCGAGCCGGGAAGAUGGCCGACAUGGCCCAGAAUUGCUCUCACCAGAUACAGUCGAGCCCGAGGCUGUAGACCUCACGAUCUCACCCCCGUCGAAUGACGUUGAAGAGAGGCCAGCUACGGCACGAUAUUCGCUACGUAAAGCCACAGCUAGCUCUACCCCGGUUAGAUAUACGUUUGACGAUCCGCUCAAGGAUGGUCUUCGGGGAGCCAAAGUCCUCCAACUUAACCCCAAUGGAAAGCUUUUGAAUCUGCCUGCUCAACCCAGCAAUCAAGAAAAUAAAGAACUAAAAAAGAGAAGCCGCCGUCGCAAAAAUGAACCUGACGUUGAGCCGUCCAAACUAGCUAUAUUGAAAUAUGGGAGCGGAGUGCUGUCACGACAAUAUAUCGGAGGUGCAAUACAUGAAAUCAUGGGUGGCAAUACGACUUAUGCUCUUUUCAAACAACGGAUAGGACUGCCGCAGCGGGCCCCGGAACCACCCAAACCUACCCAUUCGUUCUUUUUGAAUAGACAGCCGCCCAAAAAGGUUGACGGCGAGCCACCCAAAACCAAUACCCAGGAUACAAUAGCUACACGUCCUGAAGAGCAAAAGCAACCUAUUCCUAAGCCAACUUGGCCGCAUGUAACAAUUGCGAUCCCGAGGCCGUCUUCAAUCAAAACCAUCAAUCCUAGAAAGGGCAACGACCCCGUUGAACCCUUAUGGCCCCCGCUUGAUAUGGUUCGCAUUGACGGAGACAUACCGCGUGGCGCUCGUAAACCAAGCAAACAUAUAUUGUUUGAUCAGAAAAAGUCCAAAGGGCCAGCCGCCAAUGUACCCGACCCAGAAAGUAUUCUUGGGAUGGUUUCACGCUCGCUCAAAAAGGAUCGCCUUGCGUCUCUGCCCACAGAAUCUAUCCUUAGGCACCCAAAAAGGACUCUUCAACAAGGGCCUAUCCUGACAGAAACAAUUGCUUCAAAUCUGCAUGGGCCCUCAAAGCAAGGUGCUGCUAAUGGAGACAUGAAGGUUCUUUCUAACAGCUCAAGCCAGAUCGAUUCAUCACAUCCCGCUGUCACAGCUUUGCUAUCUUCAAUUGCAACCACUAGGAGCUCCUUUGAAAAGGGCGGCUACGAUGACUCGCCAUGGACCCAAAAGUAUGCCCCCAACACAGCUUUGCGUACCCUUCAGGCUGGCUCGGAGGCGGUAGUGUUGCGCCAAUGGCUGCAAAAUCUCACAGUGUCAUCCGUCAAUACCGGCACCAGCAAAGCAGACGCGAAAACUUCCAAAUCCCACAAAGAAACCCUUAAAAAGAAGAAGAAACGAAAGAGAGGCAGCGAUAUCGAUGAUUUUAUUGUUUCCAGUGGCGACGAGGAGUCGCGCAUGGAUGAACUAACCGGCGAUGACGACGGCGAAUUGGCAGGUGCUGUCACAGUCUCUAGAAAGACUCUUGUGCGAGCGGGAGGGUUAUUAUCAACAACCGAUAUUACUGACAAUAAGUUGCCUCUUUCAAAUACAAUUCUCCUUAGUGGUCCUCCUGGCUGUGGGAAAUCAGCAGCAGUCUACGCAGUUGCGAAUGAGCUUGACUUCGAGGUUUUUGAAAUCAACCCUGGAAGCCGCCGAAGCGCAAAGGAUGUGGUCGAGCGGGUGGGAGAUAUGACUCAAAACCACCUCGUACAGACCCUCAAACAAAUGGACAGCAAUGCCGCGGUUAGCUCUGAUAUUGGGUCCACCUCGCAUGGAGGUGACAAGCAAAUCUCCAUGGGUAGACUUUUCAAACAAAAGCCGUCAUCGAGCAAUCCUUCGUCCACGUCGAAAACGGUUGGAGCCACAAAUAAUGGUGGUCAAUUUAAGAAACUCAAAACAAACCAACGACAGUCCCUUAUUCUCCUUGAGGAAGUGGAUAUCCUUUUUGCGGAGGAUAAGCAAUUUUGGAAUGGCGUAUUAGCAUUGAUCGCGCAGUCUAAAAGGCCAAUCGUUAUGACUUGCAAUGAUGAAGGGUUGCUUCCAAUGGAUAAUCUGUCGCUUCAUGCGAUCCUUCGCUUUCGUCCGCCUCCGCCAGAUUUGGUUGCCGAUUACAUCUCAACUAUCUGCGCCAACGAGGGCCAUAUAGUGGAUCCGAAAGCCAUAUUUGAUUUAUAUACGGUCCUUGGGAAAGACCUGCGUGCAACAAUAAUGCAAUUGAACUAUUGGUGUCAGAUGGCUGUGGGCAGUCAGAAGUCUGGGCUCGAUUGGAUAGUUGACCGCCCCUUGUUGAGUAAAUUUAAAUUAACCCCAGAUUUACCCAGGAUUUUGAGCUUGGACACAUAUAUACGGGGAAUUGGAUGGGUUCCCAGAGAUAUGGUCGUUGGCAGAGGCGACACAGCCGAAAAAAGGAUUCAGCUUGUAGCGGAACUACUCGAACAAUGGCACAUAUCAGUGAUGGACUGGGUGGAACUGAGACUGGCCGCAAGUCGCCACAAUGAGAGACAUAACUUGAAGUCGUUGGAACAAGUCAGCUUUCUAUCCGACAUGGAAAGCUCUCUUGACCUUCUAUGUCGGGGAAACGACCCUUCCCAGGCUAUGCUAGAUUACUCUUUGCCCCCUACGCCCGGCGAGAAGCAACACCUCGACUAUAUCGAAGGUCAUCAGUUCAUUCAAGCAGACAGUAUCCCAGACUAUAGCGGAAUGUCUAAGAAACUAUGUGUCACCUUAAGCGUGCUGCUUGAAAAUGUACUUUCUGAUUCGUCUCCGGACGAAUAUGAGCGAGAUAUAAUCGAGCACAUCUUACAGAGGGCCGUGUCCCAAACAUCAGUUACGACGCAUCAGUCCAUGUUCGAAAGAGCAUUUCGUCCUAUCCUUGAUGGUUCCGACUACCCGACUCCAGCGUCAGGCCUUCGGCCACUCUCUUUUGAACAUGGGACGUCUAUACUUUCACAGGAUGUUGCGCCUUAUAUUCGAUUCAUCGUUGCCUGUGAUUCGCGAAUAGAGCAACAACGACUUGAACAGUCCGGUAUUCUUGCGCAAACGGGUUUCGGGGCCAAGAGACCAAGAACAACUCGAGCGAGUCGAGCGGCAUUGGAAGGCGGAGACAAAGCGUCUGCCAGGAGGGGAAAAUGGUUUUCUGGAAGAGUUGUUCCGGAACAAAUCAUGCUUACCGGCGGCCCGGACUGGGAGAAUCUCCUCUUGCUGCAUCUCCAGCAAUUAUCUGAAGAAAGGUUGGCUAGCGGGACCGGAGUAUCAGAAACCGCUUCCAGCGAUAUCCGGGAUUACGUAUAG